UCCACCCCCCUCCCCCCCCUCUACGCACUACGCACUACGCAGCACGCAGUAUACUUCCUUACCACCUCAUCUAUUACCUACCCUGUACUCUCUCUUCCGUCUCCCAUCUCUUCCGGUGUCAUUCACUCAUUGUUCUGCUUCUGCCACCCCGUCAAGUUACAUUCUUAUCCAACCAACUCCUGGACACUCCUCUCAAGUUUCUUCUUUCUCCUUACCAAGGUACUCCUUAUCCUACAGGCAUAUGCUGCGGUCCUCGUCGCGGAAUCCUCGUCUACUCCUCCCUACUCCUCAAUUCUCAAGACCCUUGAUGCUUGUUUCUCCUAGCAUCGCAACACUACGGCACUGAAAAUACUCAACGUCGUGGCAAAGGCAAACCCACCCCUCGAACUUCAUCGCUCCAAUCAACCUGUUCAGACCGUCGCCAUCCCUCCUUCGUCCCACGUUCUCGAGUCCCACCAGCCCUCCGUGGUCAGCUCCCGGUGCCUUGAUCCCCCCUGGCCCUGCCUCCUUGGUGAUUUCCUCUAGCCAGCCGAUUGGUGAGAGUCUAAGCAGACCAAAAACCACAUCCGCAGUCAAGCCAAAGAGAAGUGAGGCAAGGUAGCAAAGGGGAAGGGGUAACGGAGUACGCAGUACGGAUACUGCGCCGUCAUCCCAAUUAUAGGGUAACCCACCGCCAUCCGGGGGCCCUCGUUCAAAAUGGACUUCCUCCGUUCUCACAGUCGCAAGGGAAGAUCCCGCUUCUCAAAAGCCCUACCCACCCCUCCGUCUCCAAAGGCCGAAUCUCUUCCCAAAUCUAAGCAGCUCCCUUCGAUACCUCCCCUUCCUCCCCUCCCGUCCAAGAAGACGAAGACAUUCGCCAUGUCAGACAAACCGCUUCCACCACCGCAACCCCUCAACCAGUCUCUCCCUCCCCUCCCUCCUCUCGAGACAAAAGCGUUGCCCCCGGUACAUAUACCUCGCCGCCCAGUUGCAAAGCAAGCACCACCGCCCUCCGCCCCGGCGAACCAGCAGAAGCAGCAAGAGCAGUAUUCUCCCGAGGACGAAAGGAACUCCAUCGGAAGUCUGCUCUCGGCCUAUUCAAGAAGCUCAGGGGAAUCCCUCAUCAUGUCGCCGGAUGGAAGCGCAAGUCAGAGAGACUCGAGCCAGGCAUAUAACUCUGAACAGUAUGGGACGACAAGGGAAAACAAGAUUUUGACGCCAACCUCGUUGUCAUCCGGUGACAAUGACCACUACGGCGCACAAAAGUUCACAUCCAACAAGGGCCUACCACCUCACCCGGCCUACUAUAAUGAGCAGGCCGGCGCCGCUCCGGUCAACUCGGCACCCGCCCCGACUGCUGGCAGCCCGACAAGCUAUGUAUCGGCAGCAUCGCCCCAGCAACAACAGCGACCACUAUGGAGGAGGAGAUCUGUAAAAUCUGAUCGUAACAUAGAGGUGCCAGAUCUACACCUAACAGUCAGCCACGGGUCAACCGCUGCCUCUUCUCAGCCGAAUACCGCACAAUCCUCAUACACAGCAACUCCUCCUCCGGCCCAACAGCAACAAUUUCCCCCUCGCAGCACAUCAAAUCUUCCCGGCAGAAAUAUUCGUCCAGUUCCCUCUCAAAGUCAAGCGGCGGCUCAGACGAACAACAUGGGUCAAGAGGUCUCGCGGUUGAAAGAGAAAGUCCAUCAUUUGCGCGAUGGUCAAAAUGGCGCAAACGUGGGAACGUCUCACAGCGACACUGCGCUCUCGCCAACUCAACGCCUGCCGACUCCCGACUAUGAGAAGGAAGACGUCAAAACGCCGGUUGUCGAAACAAUUGUAUCGCCCGUCUCACCCGCUUCCUCUCCCGAGCCUGGCCGCGAGCAAUCGAACGAGUCCAAGCCUCCUAUCCCCCGCAAAGCGGUCACGGCGCGCAACUUACACAACGCUCAAAGCUUGCCUCAAAUGCGCGCAGAUGGACCUGUCACCAGCAAUGAGGCUCCCCCGACAAUCACGAGAGACUUUGCAGUCAGCCCCGUUAGUCCCGAUCCUCAGAACCAGCUGCCGCCUCGGGCCGCCCCCAACAAGCAGCAGCAGCAGCCGCAGCGGGAGUAUGUGCCGUAUGCGCCGGCACCCGGAUUCGCGCAGGGAGAUAUGCGACCUGCCUCGAGAGAUCAGCGCCCCAACCAAGAACCCGUCGAGUACCGCGAGCUCAAGGUCAAGGACCUGCCGCCUGCCGACCCUCGCGCGUCGUUCUUCCCCAUGCAGGGUUCCGAGCCUCCCAGCCCCGGCAUGAUCUACAAGGCUCUGCCGUUGAAAGAGAGCAUGCUCGACUGCUACGUCAAGCACCGCACCAUGGACCGAACUCGCAACCGCAACUACGCACUAACCUGCCAGACUUGCGGCAAGGCCGAUACCGAGGAUCGUUACAAGUGCCAGUUCUGCUACGUACGCAUGUGCGCUUCCUGCCUGCAAAUUUUCAACAGCAACCGCAGAGACCUCCGGAAGCUUAUGGCUCACUUGGAGGGCAACCCACAGAGCGGCGGCUCCCAGGGGCGCCCUCCCACGGCAGCUGGCAUCGAGGCCCCCGAGAAGGAAGAGCAGCGUACAGACGCUCAACAACAGCAACAGAGCCAGCAAUCAGUUACAGCCUGAUUGCUUUCGAAUUCACAUUUUUCCAAUUCUCUUCUUGUUUGCUUGGCAUAGGGAAAUCACAUGGUCAAUUUCACUUCCAAGCGGUUUUUCAAUAUUUUUCCCGGCGGCCGGACUUCCACGGAUCUUCGUCAUCGAGGGGAAAGAGUUAACUUUCUGCAUUGCGGGAUUAGAUAGAAAGAGGUCGAUUGGUUGAUACCCCUUCUCGCCCCCAAGAUACCAAUGUUUGUGUAUAGGAAGUCGUGGCCCCCAGGAAAAAGGGUGGAAGAGGGUCACGCGCACAUUUUUUCUUGUUUGUUGGAAGGGAUCACUACUACUACUUGCUUGAUGCAAGCUCUGAGCAUACGGAAAACGAAGCUUCAUAACGAGAAAGGACAAUACAGGCAAAUGGGGAAAGACAGGUUAACUCCAGAUUUUGGAAGGGUGGGCUCUCAGAGAGCCGGAGUUGAAACCCGACUACUGUUUUCAAAACCAAGAGAUUCAAAGUAAAAAUCUUCAAGCUCGUAUAUGCGGUGAAGUGUGGUGCUACAUACGUCCCAGAACUCAGGGACACACCAACGAGAAGCGCAACGCUUCGUUUGACAAGUAAAGGCGCGCGGGAACUGUUUCCUCGACUCGCCCAUCUGCAAAUGUGUGUCGGGGCACGACGUUCAGCAAGAGGAGGGGGAAAAAACCAGGCAGGUUGAGUUAUUUACCGGAUGUGCCGGAGAUUGCUGCAUCGCGUUGGCGGACACGCGAGGGAUGUUACGAAGUACGGAGUAUCCAUACGGACUGGCAGGGAGGGGUCUCAUCGGAGAAAAAAGAAGGAAGGAAAUAAAAAGACACCAGCUGAGAUUCGCGAACAGACGGG